AUAGAGAAUUUGUUCUUCAGCCAGUAGAAAAGUAAUAUUUUCAGGAAAAUAAAAGCUAUCGAAUGAUGUCCAUGGAUUCAAAGAUUGUUUACAGCAUUCAAACAUACAACGGAACAGAUCAUGACAAUGUUUGCAGAUAUAUUGCUAAACAUGACGAUGGCCGUCAGAACCCUGACGAUAGUUUUUACGUUUUCGACCUGGGAGAGCUGACAAAACUUUACACGCUUUACAAUAGUCUACUACCUCGAGUUAAGACUUUCUAUGCUGUCAAAUCUGCUGCAUAUGAUCCUUUAUUGAGUGCAUUGAUGGAAUUAGGAUCUGGUUUCUAUUGCGCCAGUCAGGAAGAAUUGAAUCAGGUCAAAAGGCUCGGAGUAAGGCCUGAAAAAAUUAUGUUAUCAAACCCGUGUAAGCAAAUAUCGCAUUUGAGAACUGCAAAGGAACACGGAGUCAGCCUAUUAGUUUUUGAUAAUGAAUACGAACUAAGAAAGUUGAAAGAAUAUUAUCCAACUUCCAGAUUGCUAUUGAGAAUAUCUGUCGAAGAGAGUGAGAAGAAAAAAAUGUAUAGUACUAAAUAUGGAGCCGCUAUUUCUGAUGCUCGUGAACUUAUACUUAUGGCCAAGGGACUGGAUUUGAACGUUGUCGGCGUGUAUUUCCACGUUGGAUUGUGUACCAUCGAUGAAUCAGUUCAUUACCAACAAGCAUUCUCAGAUGCAAAAGAAUUAUUCGAUUUUUCUGAGAAAAAUGGAGUUUCUUUGAAGUUGCUCAACAUUGGUGGUGGACUCAGGUCAACUAAUUCUAACUUGCGUCAGACGGUGUCUUCAAUCAAUUUGGCACUAGAAAAAUUGUUUCCUACGUCGAAAUAUCCUGACCUGGAUAUAAUCUCUGAACCAGGUGGAUUUUUCUCUAAAACUUCUUUCACAUUGGCAACGAACGUGAUAGGAAAAAGGGAGUUUAAAGGAAGCGAUACUCAAUACCACUACUAUUUGAACGAGGGAACAUAUGGAGCAUUCUUAUCCACGUUUACGUUACCUAAAGAGCUAAAAUACUUCAUCAAGUCUGAGUCAAUCGAAAAAAGAUCAGCAACGAAUUCCAAACUAUGGGGACCCGUUAUGAACUGCGCAGACAAAGUGACAGAUAAAAUUAUUCUUCCUGAACUUGACAUUGGUGAUUGGAUAUUCUGGAGAAAUAUGGGAGAGUACUCUUUUGCAUGCAGUACCAGAUUUUGUGGAUUUGGAACAAAAUCAUUCUAUAAUGUAAUUUCCAACAAUGAUUUGUUUCUAUUUCAACAAUUGCAAAAGAAAAAAUCGUCUUGCUUUAUUUUCGAAAAAUGGACUUCUUACGAAGAAAGUUAAAAAGUCCUAAAAUUC